AUGAAUAAGCCAUCUUUCACCUUUUUUGCUGGAAUGUCUCAUCCCUGAAUACUCUCCCACCUCUAUCCCCUUUCCCAUUUGCAUUAUCCGGAUUCCAUCACAAGUAAGAAAAGAUGGGGAAUAAGCAAACAAACUGCCGCCCGAAUUACUGUUCGCGGUUUCUACCUGAAGAACAAGCUGAGAUUGAUGGAUUAUUUGCCGCCGUAGCAGGAGGUUUGGAGACAGUAUCCUGUGAAAGAAACAGAAAAUGUUUCCCAGUCCCCAUUUCUUUGGAAAUGUUACAGGCUUACCUUGGAGAUGCCAUACCCCAGAAAAUGAUAUGUAGAAUCUAUGACGGCAUGAGACAUAUUGACCCAUGUGGGCUUAACUCAGUUCCUAGUGAAUACGUCAUCAGAGACCAGUUUUCAAUUUUCAUGUCAGAGAUAUUAAAAGGAAAUGCAGGAGAGAAGAGCAAGAUGAUCAUGAAGAUGCUCCUUGUACCUUGCUCAAGUGUGAGAGCAGGUCAUAUCCAAGAGUUUACAGAGGAUCUGAUUACCUCUGUAGUACAUGUACUAUACUACAGAAAUGAACUGAAAGGUUGGAAUAUGAAGAGAUGUCAAGAUUUUACCGCCGGUGUAAGGCCAUUGGCUUCCCAGCUGCUCUCAUCACUGAAACAAGAAUUGAACCCACCACAGCAGAAGACCUAUUGGGAUUGUGGUAGUAGAAGGAAUUGGACAUGUCCUGGAGAAUGUGGCCCACCAAUUCCAGAUAAAACCUGUGACUGCAGUUUGCUUGAAGACUGGCUGCUGAAAGUGCCCCAGAUCUCCACAUUUUUAAAUGUCAUCAUCAGGCGAGGAUUCCUUGUUUUGAAUUCUUAUACGGAGAUUGCUGGCUUCAUCCCAGAGUGUAAAGAUGGCAGAGACUUCAUGAGCCUUCUUAACAUUCCUGCCAUUAUUUACAUCAACUCUUACCUGCCUUCAAGUCUACAGCACACAUGGAGACUGAUUUUUUCUUCUCAGAUUCAUGGCUACAGCUUUGCAAAAUUUUGUGGGAAUAUUAUAGACAGAGGUCCUUGCAUAAUAGUGAUAAGAGACAGGGAUGGCUAUAUAUUUGGUGGCUUUGCAUCUCACUCCUGGGCAGUCAAGAGCCAUUUUCAAGGAGACUGUAGAUCCUUCCUGUUUACCAUUUUCCCCAACAUUGCAGUAUACACAUACAGUGGAUAUAAUGAUCAUUAUAUGUACUUGAAUUUUGGACAACAAACUAUGCCAAAUGGAUUGGGCAUGGGAGGUCAAUUGGAUUACUUUGGACUUUGGAUUGAUUGUGAUUUUGGAAAAGGACACAGCAAAGCAAAUCCUAGAUGUUCUACGUAUAACAGCCCUCAACUGUCAUGCAGGGAGAACUUUGAGAUAGAUUGUCUAGAGGUCUGGGCAGUUGGAGAUUUCCAAUGUUGUGAGAAGUCAACCUGUAAGAAGAAUGUCUUAGAUAAUGAAAAAGAGGUGCACUGCUUAUUAGAAAUGAUUGGGAAAUGUCGUCAUAGUGAAGGAGUUCGAAAUCCAUGUGACGAUGAAGAUGAUGAUUGAUAAGGUGCCAUCCUCAGCUCUGUUCUCCUAACAACGACAGGAUACUGCUCUGCUCUGCAGAAUGAAUCUAGCUUAUCAGCAGCAUGUUUAGUGCCCGACAGCUGGCAGAGAAGAUCUGGAGCAAAAAGCAAACUUAGAAGCUGCAUGUGACUGACCCCGCAGACCAAGGGAACCCAUCCGCUUCUCUUCCUGCUGGCAGAAGGAUUUCUGCUGGGGAGUUAGCUGCAGAGGGAUCCCCCCGUUGUUGUACAUGGUGCAGUAGCGAAUCACUUCUUCAAAGGCCCCCUUCAUGAAGUAAACUUCUUCCUGGUCCUUGGGGAAAGAAAAAACCCAACAAACCCCAAACCAAUUCUCUGAGCAUCUUAUAGUGCCCAUGUACAAAUUAAAAUCAAGCAAAAUAAGAAACAAUAGUCUCACUAUUAUAGGACUCACUCGCCUUGAUCAGUAAGUCCUAGGACAGAGAAUUUUAGAGUAGGAAGGGGACCUCCCAUAUCAGUAGAGCAAGUAUUAGUCCUAUUUUACAGAUGAAGAAACAAAAGAUCAAAAGAUUGCGGCUUUCCUGAGAUCCUACAGAGAUGCUGAGGUAGGCAGGUUAAAGGGGAAAAAAAAAAAAAAAAA